CGUGUCGAGAGCAUCGAUCGCUCUCAAUGCGCACAGCAGGAUAUCCUCGUUUUUACAUACACAAUAAAUCUGAACCUGGUAACAUCGAUUUCCAGGUUUUUAUUCUCCAUCACGCCUCUCUUGCUACGUUUCACGCAACAGGCUGCAACACCAAUGUGGAGUCUAUACACUGAAGAACAGUACCACCUGUAACUGUGCCUAUCUGCUCCCGACUUUCAUGCCGAGACCGAGGAUGAAGAAACAAAACAUCCGGACCCUGUCGCUCAUCCUCUGCAUGUUCUCCUACUUGCUGGUCGGCGCCGCGGUGUUUGACGCGCUGGAGUCCGAGUCGGAGAGCUCCCGCAGGCGCAUCUUGGAGCAGAAGCGCAGCGAGAUGAAGAAGAAGUACCGCUUCUCCGAGGAUGACUACCGCGAAAUUGAGCGAGUGGUGCUGCAAGCUGAGCCCCACCGCGCCGGGAGACAGUGGAAAUUUGCUGGCUCUUUUUACUUUGCCAUAACAGUCAUCACCACCAUUGGUUAUGGACAUGCAGCACCAGGCACAGAUGCUGGAAAGGUCUUCUGCAUGUUCUACGCUGUACUGGGCAUUCCUCUCACUUUGGUCAUGUUCCAGAGCCUGGGAGAAAGGAUGAACACAUUUGUCCGCUAUCUCCUACAUAAGACAAAGCAGUGCCUGGGCUUUCGACACACUGAGGUGUCAAUGGAGAACAUGGUCCUGGUGGGCUUCCUGUCCUGCAUUGGAACACUGUGUGUCGGGGCUGCAGCCUUCUCCCACUUUGAGGGAUGGAGCUUCUUCCAUGCCUACUACUACUGCUUCAUCACGCUCACCACUAUUGGCUUUGGGGACUUUGUGGCCCUGCAGAAAAAGGAGGAUCUCCAGGAGAAAACGCCCUAUGUGGCGUUCAGCUUCAUGUACAUCCUGGUGGGGCUAACUGUUAUUGGGGCCUUCCUGAACUUGGUGGUACUUCGCUUCCUCACCAUGAACACUGAGGAUGAACGGAGAGAUGCUCAAGAGAGGGCAUCACUGAAGAGGGACAGAGGCUUUUUGGAUGGGGCUCUGGGCCUCCAUGUUGUAGGUGAACAGAGCAGAGACAUCCACAGAGAGAGGAACAGGAGCAAUGUUCCACACGGUCGCAGCCACAGUGCGCUCUUCCUCCCAAUGGAGGAAGGAACCAGCCGCACCAACCUCAUCUCUUCCCCAGCAGAGGAUCAGGAGAGACAAAGAAGCCCUGGCAGACACAGGCUGCAUUUUCAGAUCAAGGCAGGCAGACGCAGGCCAGAGUCGAGCCUCAGCUCCCUCUGUUCCUGUGUGUGCUACCGCUUGGGGAUUUGUGACAGUCCUCUUAUGUCCCACAGUGAACACCAUGGCUGCCAUGUCAAUUCUGUUUACUACAACUCAGUCUCCUAUAAGAUCGAGGGCUGCUUGCCAGGUUCCAGGGACAACACUGGAUUCUCUUCCCCAGGCAGCACGCUCUCACCUGGGCAUAACUUCCGGGAGUUCCCUCGUUCAAGGAGAAAGUCUGUGUAAGGAACAUUAAAGUGAAGGAGAGUGUACACCUAUUUUGUGCAUGUCAGAAGACACUGAUUCUGUUAAACAAAUAAGUUGUCUGUUGUGGCUAUUGAAAUUAUUAUUUUUUUUGCUAAGCAAGGAUGAGAUUUUUUAUCCUCUUUUACCAUGGCAUUAUUUAUGUUAGUGAUUCUGCUGUUUUCCUUGCAUGUAAGCCAAAGUGCAGUGCAUGCUAAAGAGAAUGUGUAGCACCCAAUGUGAAUGCAUGAGUGCUAUGUAAAGAUGUAAACAUUUGGGCUUU